CGGUUCCGCCGUCGGGCCCGCAGGGGGCGUCGCCCUGACAACGGGCCAUGGCGGCGUGAGAAGCCUCACUUCUGCCGUCUUCCCUCCCGACAAGCUGCAGGAGCGCGGCUGGAGGAGGAGGCCGGCGGGCCUGACAGCCGAAGGAAAUCAGGGCCUCUCCCUCGGUGUUGGGGAGGGGCCUCGGACCCGUUUCUGCGGGGGAUGCUCCCACUGACGCCCAGCGUUGGAGAGGGAAGAUGCUCCAGACAAGUAAUUACAGCCUGGUGCUGUCCCUGCAGUUUCUGCUCCUCUUCUAUGACCUGUUUGUCAACUCCUUCUCCGAGCUGCUGCGCGUGGCUCCCGUCAUCCAGUUGGUCCUCUUCAUCAUCCAGGAUAUCGCCACCCUCUUCAACGUCAUCAUCCUUUUCCUCAUGUUCUUCAAUACCUUCGUCUUCCAGGCCGGCCUGGUCAGUCUCCUCUUUCAUAAAUUCAAGGGGACCAUCAUCUUGGCGGCCACAUACCUCGCCCUGAGCAUCUCCUUCCACGUCUGGGUCAUGAAUUUGCGCUGGAAAAACUCCAAUCGUUUCAUUUGGACCGAUGGACUCCAAGCACUGUUUGUGUUCCAGAGACUGGCAGCCGUGCUGUAUUACUACUUCUACAAAAGGACAGCAGUGCGCCUGGGCGACCCCCGCUUCUACCAGGACUCCCUGUGGCUACGCAAGGAGUUCACGCAGGUCCGCGGCUGAGCCCUCUCCCUCCGGACAGGUGGACAUCCUGCCCAGCCAGCGCCUCCCAAGAGCUGGGCCCAGCGGUCGGCCGGCCCGGACCUUAACGUAGGAGCCUGCCCUCUUUCCUUCUCCCUCGGGCCCCUCGCCCCACACUAGGGGAGAAGCACAGCCUAUCCAAAAGAGCACGGGAGACCUGGGUUCUAAUCCCGGCUCUGCCACUUCCCUGCUGGGUGACUUGGGGCACGUCGCUUAACUUCUCUGGGCCUCGGUUUCCUCAUCCGUAAAGUGGGGAAUCAGUCCUUGUCCUCCCUCCCCUUAGACCGCCAGCCCCUCGGGGAGCCGGGACUGUGUCCGAUCGGAUCGUGCCGCACAUUCCCCGGCACUUAAUAGAGUGCUUGGCAUAUAGUAAGCGCUUAAGAAACACCGCAGUGGUUAUCAUUAGAGGCUGACUCUAAAGUCAGACUAGGGAGUCUGUACCCAGGACUCUGGCCAGUUGUGGAAUUAGAGUUCAAGAGAGGAGACCCUGGGAAAAGUAAGAUGACCCCUCUACUCCGCCAUCUUCUUUUGCUUCCUUUCUAACACACACUCACAAACAUUUCUCCCCCCCACCAUCCUCUUUGCUCUCCCCACUCCCCGCCGUUACUUCCAUUCUGCUCCUCCCUUUACCGAUGUCCUUCCUUCAGAGGCGAGGGCCUGAGGAGCGAUUCCAGCUUUUCCCAAACAGCUCCUGCCUCCCAUAUUUGGGUUAUGUGGGAGCAAACAGUGACCCCCAAGCUCCCCCCCACCCCCAGUAUCUGGGGACUUAGGUGACUCUUGUGUUUCAUACCUUUUAUAUAUAUUUUUUAUAAUAGACAAUAAAUUGGAUUCCUUUUUUGCAGAAA